AUAUUUAAAAAUAAAUUUUCUGUUCAUGUAAAACUGUUAUUAGUUUUAUUUUAAUUAAUUGGUUAAUUAAUGAACAGUUUUAUCUUAGAAAAUUUUGUAUGGGAUUCGGCUUGCUAUGAGUUAUUUUACAAAUGGACUUGUCCGAUGAUAUAGUGUAUUCCUUCCAGGAAGAGGUAUUUACUUUUUUAAGAGUAAAUUUAUGUCCGAAGCAUUCUUCAGUGAAAUAGAUGAUGUUGAUUUAGAUUGUGCUAUUGCCUUAUCACUCCAAGAAAAUUGUGGAGCAGAAAUUAAGAGAGAGUCUGAUGCAUCUUUUAGCAAAAGAAAUGAUGGUGAUCUAUAUCAUGCAACUUCAUUAUCUCUUCAAGAAAAAUGUGCAGUAGAACUAGAAAAACAGUCUGAAGUAUUCUUAGACACAAUAGAUCAAGAUUAUGAUUAUGCAUUUGCUUUAUCACUUCAAGAACUUUCUGAAGAUGCAAAAGAAAAACCAUUUCCAGUCUCUUUGCCUAAGUCCGCCCACAAGUCUAUUGGUAUUGUUGAUGAGCAAUGGGAAGUACUCGAUCCUAAUCCGGACAUACAUGCUUUGUUUCUUCAGUAUAAUGUUCAGUUUUUUUAUGGUAAACUAGAUGGUGUCGAAGUGAAAUGGAGUCCUAGAAUGACACUGUGUGCAGGAGUUUGUUCCUAUGAGGGAAGGGGAGGACUGUGUUCAGUGCGUCUCAGUUUGCCAUUACUAAAGCUUCGUCCUAGACGUGAUCUGGUGGAAACCCUUUUGCAUGAAAUGAUCCAUGCAUAUCUGUUUGUAACAGCUAAUAAUAAGGAUCAUAAUGCCCAUGGGCCAGAGUUUUUGAAACACAUGCAUAGAAUAAAUAAGGAAACUGGUACUUGUAUUAGUGUUUAUCAUAGUUUUCACGAUGAAGUUGAUUUGUAUAGAAAGCACAUAUGGAGGUGCAAUGGUUCUUGCCAGAAGAAAUCUCCAUAUUAUGGUUAUGUUAAAAGAGCUGUUAAUCGAGCUCCUGGUCCUAAUGAUGUCUGGUGGGCUCAGCAUCAAUCUUCUUGUGGUGGGACAUUUACAAAAUGUGGUGAACCUGAAGGUUAUAAGAAGAAAUCAACAAAAAUAAGCCAAAAUGACUCUGUAAAACGAAAACCUUUCAAAAAUGCUGAUAAUCAACUGACAAAUAUCAAGAAAUUUCUGAAAAAUCCAUCAUCAUCAACAGCAGUUUCUAAAAAUGUAUCAAAUUUUAUAAAAAAUCGUAUUGAAUCUUCUCAAGGAAAAGAGGAGAACAAUUUGACGGGACGUAACAAAUCAUUAAACACUCUACAUGGAAAUUCUGUGCCUGUUUUAUGUUCUAAUGAAUCAAAGAAUGUUGCAGUUUUUACUGGAAAUGGUUUUUUGCUUGGUUCUUCUUCUGGUGCAGUACCUAAAAGUUUCCUAGCUAACUUACGUCGUGAAAUAGCCUCUUCUUCAAGUGCUGCUCCUAAAACGAUUUCUGUUCAAAGUGAAAUAGCUUCUUCUGGUCGAAAGACUUUUACACAGUCAAGUAAGAAUACAGUAAAAGAAUCUUGUGUUUUGGGUGUUAUCGACUCUACGCAGAAUAAUUUUGAAUAUAAAGCUAAGCCUGUAAAUAAACAUGGGUCUCAGAAAAUCACUCUUAACACGUCCAAGAAACCAAGUUUUAUUCAAAGCUCCAUAGAUAAGUUUGUAACUUCACCUUCAAGGCCAUUAAUGGGAAAUAAUAAUAUGAAUGAUGCAACUAAAGACAGUAAUUCAAAUACGACACCAAAGGUCAAAUGUCCUGUUUGUUUUAAACCUUUCACAAGUUUUGAAAUCAAUGCUCACUUAGAUUCUUGUCUCACAUUAUGAGGCUAAAUUUGCAAUAAUUUUUGUUUUUGCAUUGUAUACACAUUUGUUUUACAUUGUAUAUUAUGUAUUUUGCAUAAUAUACUUUAUGACUGAAUUUCAAUGUAAAAAUUUGUAUAUUUUUAGGAUUUUAUCUCUUGUAAAUAAAUUAUUUUGCCUAUGAA